GGCCUUUCUCGUUUCUCCUCCAAUGACAAUUCCUUUAUUCUUCCCCAUUUUUGGCUCAAUACACGACUAAUGUUGUUUACAAGCAAGUAACUUUGUUAAUUAGGGCAAAUUUUAAGCAUGCAAUUGCAUUACUGCGAACACAAACAUGAAUUCUGGGUUUUAGAUGGGUUUUGUUAGGGAAGAACAGAAGAAGAAGAGUACAGGAGAGAGAGAGAUGAGGGAAUUUACCUUUUCUUUCUUCUUUUUUUUUUUUUAAUUAUUUUUUUGGGUUAGUUAGUUUAAUUAUAUUAGAGUUAUUCGUGGCUUUGUUUGCAGGGAGCUGCGAGCGUGGGUGUCCAGGCCGCGGGCGCGGACAUGGUGAAUUGGAGCUUAUCUUUUGAACCUGUAGAAGGCUGGUCGCGCCCUUGGAGGGCUCUUCCCAGUCAUCCGCGUGCGCGGGUGUUCAGGCCGCAGGCGCGGACAGAGUGAAUUGGAGCUCAUCUUUUGAACUUGUAGAAGGCUGGUCGCGCCCUUGGAGAGGGCUCUCCCAAGUCAUCCGGGCGCGGCACACAAGGCCGCGGGCGCGGGUUUUCGUGGCUUUGUUUGCAGGUAGCCGCGGGCGCGGGUGUCCAGGCCACGGGCGCAGAAAGGGUGAACUGUGGUUUAAUCGGAGUAAUGACGUCAUAAGGUGAGUUAAAUCACCGAAAAGUGCAAUUGGGUAAUAAUCGGUCCUAUUUAGGUGAAUUAGGGGUACUAAUUAAAUUUUUUUUGUUUUAGGGGUAAUAAUUCACAAAGCCUGUUGUUGAAGUAUUAAUUAACAAAAUUUCCAAUUUUAAAUCACUUUCUAAAUACGACCACCACCACAAACCCCAAAACACUGAAAAAGCCAUCCGUCGAAGACGCAACCAACACUCGCCGGAAAUCGUCGUCUUAACACUUCGAGCUUCAAACACGGCCUACUGUUUCAAUUAUAGUACCACCGCACGGCCGUUAGAAGCGGCUCACUCUUCUUCUUUAAUUUCUUCAAUUUCUUUGCAAUCAUUGGUAUUCAAAUUUUGAAGUAUGCAAGGAGAUAAUGGCAAUGAUUUGGGUCGCCUUCAAUCUAUCAUGCGUACUAUUGAACUUGCUUGCAGUUCAAUUCAGAUGCAUGUAAAUCCUGCUGCCGCCGAGGCUACUAUUUUGUCACUCAGUCAAUCUCCUCAGCCAUAUCAAGCUUGCAAAUUUAUUCUUGAGAAUUCUCAAGUGGCAAAUGCAAGGUUUCAGGCUGCUGCUGCAAUUCGAGAUGCAGCUCUUAGGGAAUGGGGGAUUCUCACAUCUGUGGAUAAAGGAAGCUUGAUUAAUUUCUGUUUGUGCUUUGUCAUGCAGCAUGCAAGUUCGUCUGAAGGUUAUGUUCAAACAAAGGUUUCUUCUGUGGCUGCUCAGUUAUUAAAAAGAGGCUGGUUAGAGUUUGUGGCUUCUGAGAAGGAGGCAUUUCUAUUUCAGAUAAAGCAGGCAAUUACUGGCUGUCAUGGUGUGGAUGUUCAAUUCACUGGUAUAAAUUUCCUUGAAUCUCUGGUAUCUGAAUUUUCUCCUUCCACUUCAACUGCCAUGGGCCUUCCUAGAGAGUUCCAUGAGCAGUGCAGGAUGUCACUGGAGCUGGACUACCUGAAGAUUUUCUAUAGUUGGGCACAGGAAGCUGCUGCAAGUGUUACAAACAGAAUAGUGGAAUCUGAUUCCGAGGUCCCUGAAGUUAAAGUUUGCACAGCUUCCAUGCGUCUAAUGCUUCAAAUUUUGAAUUGGGACUUCCGUUACAGCUCCGAUGACAGUGCUAAAACGAAUGUAGAUGUCUUUUCUGUGAAAGCUAGAAAUGAUGCGGUCUUUUCUUGGCGGUCUGAAUGUGUUAUAGUACAGCCUGGUCCUUCAUGGCAGCAGAUCUUGCUUUCAAGUGGGCAUGUUAGCUGGGUUUUGAAUCUCUACGGAGCUUUGAGGCAUAAGUUCUCACUCAAAGGCUACUGGCUUGACUGUCCAAUUGCAGUUUCUGCUCGGAAGCUUAUUGUGCAACUUUGCUCUUUAACUGGAAAUAUAUUUCCAUCAGAUAAUGUUCAAAUGCGAGAACACCACCUAGUACAAUUGCUAUCUGGAAUCAUACAAUGGAUUCAUCCCCCAGAUGUUAUAUCAAGGGCAAUUGAAUCUGGGAAAAGUGAAAGUGAGUUUCUUGAUGGAUGCCGAGCAUUAUUGGCUGUAGCAACUGUAACAUCCCCAUUUAUGUAUGACCAACUCUUGAAAUCCAUAUGCCCUUUUGGAACAAUAAAUCUGUUAUCUGGCUUGAUGAGUGAAGUUGUUAAAGUACUUAUGUCGACUGGCACUGAUGAGGAAACAUGGGGUUGGGUAGCACGUGAUAUCUUGUUAGAUACUUGGACUGCAAUUCUUACGCCUUCUGGCAGUAGUGAUGGGGCUCCAUCGAUCCCAUUAGAAGGAAUUAGUGCGGCUGCCUCUCUGUUUGCAUUGAUUGUGGAGUCUGAACUGAAGACUGCCUCUGCAACAGCAUUCAAUGAUGAUGAUAGCAAUGAUUAUCUCCAGGCUUCAAUUUUUGGCAUGGAUGAAAGGUUGAAUUCUUAUGGUCUUAUUGCAAGGGCAUCAAUUGAGUAUUCAGUUCCUUUUCUUACAAAAGUCUUUUUGGAACGCCUCGCUCAACUUCAGCAGGUCAGAGGCAGAUCUGAUCCAACUGCAAUCUUGGAAGAAAUUUACUCUCUUUUACUCAUAACUGGACAAGUCCUAGCCGACGAGGGAGAAGGAGAGUUACCUUUGGUUCCAGAGGCCAUACAAACACACUUUUUGGAUAGUGUAGAAGGUGACAAGCAUCCAGUAGUCAUACUUUCCAGUUCCAUUUUACGUUUUGCUGAGCAGAGUAUUGAUCCAGAAGUUAGAGCAUCGAUUUUUAGCCCUCGUCUUAUGGAGGCAGUAAUAUGGUUCCUUGCCCGAUGGUCUCGUACGUAUCUGAUGUCACCUGAAGGUUGUGGGAAUAAUGCUAAUAUUCAUGUUCCGGAGCAGCUUCAGCAUUCUAAAAAAGUAUUGAUGGACUUUUUUGGAGAACUUAAUCAAGGAAAACUUGUCCUUGAUCUUGUUGUUCGAAUAUCCAUGACGACAUUGAUUUCUUAUCCAGGGGAGAAGGAUUUGCAGGAGCUUACCUGUCGCCAUCUACUCAAUGGACUAGUUGGGUAUCGGGAUAUUGGUGCCCACCUUGUUUAUUUGGAUUCAUGGCGUGAGUUGGCAAAAUGUUUUGUCAAUGAAAGAAAUUUGUUCUCACUGAGUGCUCCUCACCAACGAUCCCUUGCACGAACUCUUGUUCUUUCGGCUUCUGCACUGAGAGAUCUUGAGACAUCAAAUCAGUAUGUUCGAGAUCUCAUGAAUCAUAUGACGGCUUAUCUUCUGGAUUUGUCGGGAAAACAUGAUAUCAAGAAUGUCUCUCAGCAACCAGAGACUAUCAUGGUGGUGUGUUGCUUACUGGAGCGGCUACGUGGAUCUGCUAGUGCCUCAGAACCUCGGACACAAAGGGCAAUUUAUGAGAUGGGAGUUUCUGUAAUGGAUUCUAUUAUAAAACUUCUUGAAGUUUACAAGAAUGAGCCUGCAGUUGUCUAUUUGCUGCUCAAAUUUGUUGUCCAGUGGGUAAGUGGCCAAAUUAGUUACCUGGAGGCUCAAGAAACUGCUACUCUCAUCAACUUCUGUAUGCGUUUGCUUCAGAUAUACUCCUCCCACAACAUUGGCAAGAUUUCCAUUAGUCAUUCAAAGACCUUAGCCAGCGAAGCAAAUACUGAGAAAUAUAAGGAUCUGCGUGCUUUAAUUCAGCUACUUGCAAGCCUCUGCACAAAAGAUCUGAUUGACUUCUCAACUGACUCUGUCCAGUCAGAGGCUAUAAGCAUUGCUCAGGUUGUCUUUGUUGGUCUCCACAUAAUCACUCCUUUGAUAUCUAUUGACCUUUUGAAGUACCCUAAAUUAUGUCAUGAUUACUUCUCAUUGAUGUCACACAUGUUGGAGGUUUAUCCAGAAAUGGUUGGUCAACUUAAUGCAGAAGCUUUGGCGCAUAUAAUUGGAACCUUGGACUUUGGCAUUCGCCAUCAGGAUUCUGAAAUUUUUUACAAGUGCCUGAGAGCUUUGAAAGCCCUUGCUUCAUUUCAUUAUAAAGAAACUAUUGCUGGAAACGUGGGUCUAGGCUCACAUGCUGCUAGUGGUGUCAAGGAUACGGGGGAGAAUGUUCAGGAAGGAAUUUUGAGUCGCUUCCUUCCUUCCCUGCUGCAGUUACUUCUGUUUGAGGAUUACAGCACUGACUUGGUGAGUGCAGCAGCAGAUGCUCUCCUUCCUUUAAUUCUUUGUGAGCCAAGUCUAUAUCAGCGGUUAUGCAGUGAGCUGAUAGAUAAACAAACAAAUCCAGCGUUCCAGACCAGACUAACAAAUGCAUUACAUGCUCUUACUAGCUCUAACCAGCUUUCUUCCACACUGGAUCGUAUUAAUCACCAAAGGUUCAGAAAAAAUCUUCUUGAAUUCUUGGUUGAAGUCCGUGGCUUUCUGCGAAUGGUAUGACAUAAAUUUUCGAGGAAGCACAAUCUUUUUGAUUUUUUGAGGGGGGGGAUUGUUGAGAAGCAUCCAUAAGGUGGAAGAUUUCAUUUUUUUUGGUCUCUUCAAUAGCUGCUGUAUAUAUGCCUAUCAUCUUCACCCAUUAACACAGGUUGGUUAAAUAUUAUACAACAUACUAGUAAGCUUUAAAUAUAGUGAUUAGGAAAUUUUUUUAGAAAAUUUAUAUCAAAUAUUGUCCAUUCUAUUUAGAUGAAGGCCCUUUGUUUUCUUUUUCUUUCAUUGAGGCCUUGAAGAUAGGAGGCAGAUUAGCUGUCAUCUACAUUGUAAACAGUUUUCAAGUCGCUUAAUAACUGUUUGUUUGGCUGAUUAA